AUGGCUCAGCUUUACGGUCGACGAAGUGUCCAGCAGCGGAUGGUGACGGGUAUUGCGCACUUCUUUCUCAGUGGGAUGCCUGGACUGGAUUGGAGACUUAGACUUGGCUCGAAUGCUUUUGAGUUGGAGGAAGCUCUUGUUCCCAUCACAAGGUAUCUAACCGAGAUCAGCUGGGACAAGAUUAUUGCUCAAGAGACGAUUCUUCAAGAGGUGCUUCUGUCAUAUCUCAACCGGCACCCCACUGUGUUCCGGGUCUUUGGCGAGAAGACGUCUGAUCCGGAGAAGCGAGUGGCGGUCAUCACAUUUCAGGUCAUCGGCCAAUCUUCCCGAGAUGUUAUGAACAAGGUCAAUCGUGAAGGAAAGUUCAGAAUUGUGGCUGGGCACUGCUGGGCACCUCGACCAACUCAUGAUGUACUGAAGCUGGAGGAUGGUGGUCUUAUCAGGAUAAGUUUUGUACAUUACAACACCGUGGAGGAGGUGCGGGAGUUUUGUGAUGUCCUUGAGAGGAUUGUGAAGCCUUGA